CUUAUGGUGAACUAUACAACAAAGUUCAUAAAAAAAAAAAAGACGGUCAAUAUGUUUCCAAUAAAGCAAAAAAUUUCAUUGAAUCAUAUGAAAGUGCUAUGGUAGAAAAAUAUGGAGAAGAUGUAUCAAAGCAUCCUAAAGUUGAUUCUGAAGUAUGGAUCAAAAUGGGAGGUGAAAAUAAGAAAGGUAGAAUUCACGGUAUCGGUCGUAGCUUGGAACUUGCCAUCAUCAAUGUGAAUGGUUCAUCUUCAUCAGUUGUAGGUCCUUCCACAAAUCCAAAUCAUGCAUCUCCAACUGAAGAAAUCACUGCAAUAGCUACACAAAUGUCUCAAAUGCAACAACAGAUGCAGACACAGUUAGAUUUACAAACUGAAUCUCAAAAGCAACUACAGAUAGAGUUACAAGCACAAAUAGAGGCACAUGCACAACAGGUGCAAGCUCAGUUGAAAGCACAAGCAGAUAUGCAUGCACAAUUUCAAGCACAAUUCCAAGCACAAAUACAAGCACAAAUGCAAGCACAAGUAGAAAUGCAAAAACUUUUACAACAACAAAUGCAUACACAGAUGCAAACACAGAUGGAGUUUUUCAAGACACAAAUAUUUCCUACUUUAAAGAUAUCAUCACCACCGUCUGUCAAGAAACAUGGCGAGAACAAAAUAUGA